AACGAUGGGAACACCCCUUUACCAAUUGUUCCCAAUUUCCCAAUUUAUAGGCGGGGGCUGUGUGGCACCGUCCUCUGGACCCUCCUCAAAACCCUACCGCAUGGACAAGGAUCGAUCCAACCGGAAAUCCCGAGACGAUCGCGAGAAGGAUCGAGAUUCCGGCAAGGAUCACCACCGCCGCGACCGCGACAGCGACCGUCACCGUGACCACGACCGGGAUCACAAGCAUCGGCACCACCACGUCGAGGAGAAGCGCCACAGAUCGAGGGACGACCGCCAUGGCCGCUUUCGGGACGACUCCCCUUCUGAUCUCGAGCCGAGGCGGGAGGAGAAGCGCCACGGCUCCUGGGACGAGCGGCACCGCGACGAUGACCGCCGCCACCGGUCACGUGAAGACUCCCCCGCCGAUCCUGAGAGGAGGCGCGAGCGGUCAUCGAGUAGGGCUAGGGAUUCUGUCGAGCGGGAUAGGGUUUCCCGCGAGCAGUCCGUGGAGAGGCACCACCACUUGUCUUCCUCGAGGAAAAGGAAGGAUCACGAAGGAGAUCCGGAGGAGUUGGACAAGAACGGCAAGCGGGUCAGGAUUUCUGAUGGUUCGAGAGAGGAGAAGAGGGAAAGGCGGCGUUUUGAGGAUUCGAGCGAACUUAAUGGGGUUUACAAAGAAGAGAGGAUUUCGAAGGAUGGAAGGAAGGAAGGAGGGUUGAGGGCUAUGGAAGAGGAUAGGGAGGAGAACAGGCCGCGGAAAGAAGGGAGGAGGUUUAGUGAUAGUGUCAAGGCAGGGGAGAAGGAAUACGAAGAUGAACCUAAAGUAGUUGAUAAUAAAGAAGUGAGAGAGGAGCGGGGAUUUAAGGAUAGGUUUCAGGAAGAAAAUUUGGGUACUGUGGAUGAGGCAAAAACGUCUCUUUCAUCUGUUGAUUCAAAACAUGAAUCGGGCAACACGCAAGUGGUUAAUGGUGAUCAGAGCAGCAUGGCGAUGGAGAAGAGCGGUUCCACAGCUAAUGCCAUUACUCAGGAACCGUUUUCUGUGGCAUCAAGGGUUUCUAUUGGCUCUGCCGCUUCUUGUCCCCUUCCUACCAAGGUAUCUUCAAUUACUACCACCAAUGAAAAUGAGGGAGUUAGUAUUAGAUCUGAUGAGGUUCCUGGAAAAUACAGUACAGAUGGGACAGCAACUUCAGUCGCUGGCAAAAGUGGCAGCCUAUCUCUUGAUGCUUUAGCGAAAGCUAAGAAGGCUUUACAAAUGCAGAAGGAACUAGCAGAAAAGCUGAAGAAGAUUCCUACAGUAAUGCUAAAUAAAGUUGCUGGUACGAGCACUGAGAACUCCAAGGUAGUAUCUAACAAGGACGGACCUAACAUUCUUCCAUCAGGUUUAGGAGAACAGGCUGGUUCUUCUGGUUCUUCGACUUCUGCCUCCACAACCCCAGUUCAGGCAAUGCCAAGAUUACCUGUUGGGGUAACACCAUCUGAAAAGCCUUCUGCUGCAGGUGGCAUCAGCAUUCUUCCCGGGCUCACUACAAUACCUAAUAUUGAAGCUGUAAAGCGAGCACAAGAGCUUGCUGCUAAGAUGGGAUUUCGCCAGGAUCCAGCCUUUGCGCCUCUCAUAAAUAUGUUUCCUGGACCAUCAUCAACUGAUGUAGCUACACCUCAGAGACCUGCCAAGGCUCCUGUUCUGCGCUUAGAUGCCCAGGGUAGAGAAAUUGAUGAACAUGGAAAUGUCAUUAAUAUGCCUAAGUUGACAAACCUCAGUACUCUGAAGGUCAACAUCAACAAACAGAAAAAAGAGGCAUUUCAAAUAAUCAAACCAGAUUUAGAUGCCAUUGCAGAAUCAAAUCCUUUUUUUGAUGAUAGGAUGGGUAUUAAUAAAACAAAGCUCUUGAGGCCCAAAAGAAUGGCAUUUCAGUUUGUAGAGGAAGGCAAAUGGUCAAAACAAGCAGAAAUGAUAAAAUUUAAGAGCCAAUUUGGAGAAGCGCAAGCAAAAGAAUUGAAGAUGAAGCAGUCACAGCUUGCGAAGGCAAAAGCUGAGCCCGACAGUAACCCAAAUUUGAUAGCAGUAGGGGUGAGAGUUACUAAAGAGAAGAAGAAGGAAGAGAUCCCUGAAAUAGAGUGGUGGGACAAGCCAAUUUUACGUUCAGGUGUCAAUGGUGAUGUCGCUGAUGAGAAACUGAACAUGGACAAGAUCACAAUGUACAUAGAGCACCCACUUCCAAUUGAGCCCCCAGCAGAGCCUGCCCCACCACCACCGCAGCCGCUGAAGCUUACAAAGAAGGAGCAGAAGAAAUUAAGGACACAGAGGCGCCUUGCAAAGGAAAGAGACAGGCAAGAAAUGAUCAGGCAGGGCCUGAUAGAGCCUCCCAAGCCCAAGAUCAAGAUGAGCAAUCUCAUGAAAGUCUUUGCCUCCGAAGCAACUCAAGACCCCACGAAGCUUGAAAUGGAAAUUCGGAGUGCUGCUGCUGAGCGUGAACAAGCUCAUGUUGAUAGAAACAUUGCUCGCAAGCUUACCCCUGCAGAACGUCGUGAGAAAAAAGAAAGGAAACUCUUUGAUGAUCCAAACGCACUUGAGACUCUUGCUUCUGUAUACAAGAUUAAAGACCUUUCACACCCACAAGCACGCUUCAAAGUUGAUGUGAAUGCCCAAGAAAACCGAUUGACAGGAUGUGCUGUGAUAUCAGAUGGCAUCAGUGUUGUGGUUGUGGAAGGGGGAAGAAAACCAAUUAAAAGAUAUGGCAAGCUGAUGCUGAAACGGAUAAACUGGGCUGCUGCUGUUAGCAACGAGGAAGAAGCUGAGGACUUAGAUGCCCUUACCAACAGUUGUGUUUUAGUGUGGCAGGGUAGCGUUGCAAAACCUAGCUUCCAUAGGUUUCUUGUUCACCAGUGCAGAAGCGAGGCUGCUGCCAGGAAGGUGUUUGCAGAUGCUGGGGUUCCACACUAUUGGGAUCUGGCUGUCAAUUACUCUGAAGAACUGUUGUAAGCGCAUAGUGACUGGGGGAUCUGUGAACAAUCCAUGGACCCUUGGACAAUAGGCUUUCCGAAUCUAUUUUUCAGACAUUAGUUAUUUGUGAUGAAUGCUGGGCGUACUGCUCCUGUUCUGAAGCUUCUUUUUGACCUGAAUUCCUGAGUGGGUUCUUACUUUAUGGGAUUGAAGCUUCAUCAUCCUAUGUGCGCUUCCAGCAAGCAAGCAUCAUCAUUUUUGGGUGCAUGGCAUGUCACGUGACGCAUCUGCCCACCUUUUGAUGAAUUGAGUUCUUGUGCUGACUGAGAUGAUCAAAAUUACUAGAUGUGGUGACUGGGAUGGUUAUAAUACUUAAAUGUAUCCUUAGUUUCACGGAUUGAUUUUUUUUGAAAAAAAAAAGUUAUUUUCACGGAUCAGUCCAAAACUUUCUGCAGUUGUAAGGUUGCAUUGUGGUCUUGUCAUUUCUUCUGAGUGCGAUAAGUUCUUUGUACAGAUACAUUGGUGACCAUAAGUGAGUUCGUAAGCUCAUUUAGUUUUAA